CCCCAACAGCUUGCACGACUGUGGUCAGCACAGGCCAGGCAGCAGCGGUCUAGGAGCCAGCGCGCCAUCCUAGUGCUACUGGACAGGGUUGGGAGAAGGUGUUUACUGUCAGGGGAAGGAGAACUCCCAGAUGCUGCCUGCUCCAGCCCCCUCCCCGCCCCCCUCACCAACUUCACAGCGCUGUCUCAUCGUAUUUACUGUGAUUUCGCAUUCAUCUAUUCGUAAUUUUCCGAAUUGGGGGUUCUUCCUGCUGUUUUCCAGCAACUCCUCUCUCCUCUCCCGGGCUUUCAGUCUAAGACCUUCUGGCUAAAGGGUGAAGUAUUCACCCUUUGGAAGAGAGGGGACUAGAAAGCUCCAGUUGGAGGGACGGGAGACAGAGUCAUUUCUAACGUUUAAAAAGUAAAAACCCGAACUGGAAGGGGCAUUGUUGCAUGAUGGCCCCUCCCCCUUCCACGCCUUUCACCCUCCUCUGAGGUGCAGUGGGGAAUUCGCUAAGCUCCUCUAGCCCCUUCUGCUGGAGCUGGCUGAGUUGAAGAGCCCAGCCUGGUCCUCACCCCCUCCCCAUCCCCCACGAACCAAGCCGCUGUGAUGUCCUUGCUGUCGCCGCCGCCCCAUUCCGCCGUGCACCAGCCCUGGGGGCACCGGCUGUGCUCAGCUGCCCAGUCUCACCCAAGCUUCGGGCUUCCUGGAGGGUCAUACAACCCAUAGCUAUGACUAAGACGCUCACUUGAUCGCAGAGGUGGCGCUCAGCCCGACGAGCCGAUGACGGACCCCUGCCUCCUGCCUUCAAUGCCUCAGCAGAAGACCCCCAAAGGCUGGAGAGAGGAGGGCUGCAGCUGGACAUCUUCCGGGCGACGCUGCUCGGACCUGGUGCUAGUGGUGGAUGAGACUGGCGACUGAACAAGUCCCUGCCUCUGCCUCUGCCUUCGCCGUCGUCCGCCCAGUCGUUGCCGUCGAUCAGGACCGGUCCCCAUCUUGCGCCUUCAGCCUCUUACCCCAGAUCGGGUCCAGGCUUCGGGCGCCCCGGGGCUCGCCCCGCGCCUGCCGCCGCCCGCGCGCGGACUGCCCGCCGCGUCCUCCUGACAGCUGCGGCGGCUGUGAUGCAGAGGAGGAGGGCGCUGCCGGCGGCGGUGCUCAUGGUGGCGGUCGGCGCCCGGGUGUAAUGCGAGCGUCAUGGUGGAGAUGCUGGCUUCGCGGCGGUGAAAGAGCAAAGGAGGGCGAGAGCCAGCCAAGGGCGGAAGACAGACCAGUUCCGAUGCUUUCUUUCCUCUGUCGCUUUCCCCUCACUCUAUUUUACCCGUGGUUUGCAUAUUUAAAAUCUCUGGACUCAAUCCUCUCCCUACCACCGAAGUCUCCCCGUUUCUAAAUGGAAUUAGUGGAGAUUGGAGCCUCUGGUGUAACGCACAGACAUGAUCUAUGGACGCAGUUUGUUUCACAUUAUAGCAAGUUUAAUCAUCCUCCAUUCUUCUGGAGCAACCAAGAAAGGAACAGAAAAACAAAUCACCCCAGAAACACAGAAGUCAGUGCAGUGCGGAACGUGGACAAAGCAUGCAGAGGGAGGUGUCUUUACCUCUCCCAACUAUCCCAGCAAAUAUCCCCCAGACCGGGAGUGUGUCUACAUCAUAGAAGCUGCCCCAAGGCAGUGCAUUGAACUUUACUUUGAUGAAAAAUACUCAAUUGAACCAUCUUGGGAGUGCAAAUUUGAUCAUAUUGAAGUUCGAGAUGGACCCUUUGGCUUUUCUCCAAUAAUUGGAAGGUUCUGUGGACAACAGAAUCCACCUGUAAUAAAAUCUAGUGGAAGAUUUCUGUGGAUUAAAUUUUUUGCUGAUGGCGAGCUGGAGUCUAUGGGAUUUUCAGCUCGAUAUAAUUUCACACCUGAUCCUGACUUUAAGGACCUUGGAGUUUUGAAACCAUUGCCAGCCUGUGAGUUUGAGAUGGGCGGCCCAGAAGGAAUUGUGGAGUCCAUACAGAUUCUGAAGGAAGGCAAAGCUUCUGCCAGUGAAGCCGUGGAUUGCAAAUGGUACAUCCGAGCCCCGCCACGAUCCAAGAUUUACUUACGUUUCUUGGACUAUGAAAUGCAGAAUUCAAAUGAGUGCAAAAGAAACUUUGUGGCGGUCUAUGAUGGAAGCAGCUCUGUGGAGGAUUUGAAGGCCAAGUUCUGUAGCACAGUGGCUAAUGACGUCAUGCUGCGCACAGGCCUUGGGGUGAUCCGCAUGUGGGCAGACGAGGGCAGCCGCAACAGCAGGUUUCAGAUGCUCUUCACAUCCUUUCAAGAACCUCCCUGUGAAGGCAACACAUUCUUCUGCCACAGUAACAUGUGUAUUAACAACACGCUUGUCUGCAAUGGGCUCCAGAACUGUGUAUAUCCCUGGGAUGAAAAUCACUGUAAAGAAAAGAGGAAAACCAGCCUGCUGGAUCAGCUGACCAACACCAGUGGGACGGUCAUUGGCGUGACUUCCUGCAUUGUGAUCAUCCUUAUUAUCGUUUCUGUCAUUGUACAGAUCAAACAGCCUCGUAAAAAAUACGUCCAAAGGAAGUCAGACUUUGACCAGACCGUUUUCCAGGAGGUGUUUGAGCCUCCUCACUAUGAGUUAUGUACGCUCAGAGGAACUGGAGCAACAGCUGACUUUGCGGAUGUGGCAGAAGACUUUGACAAUUACCAUAAACUGAGGAGAUCAUCUUCCAAAUGCAUCCAUGACCAUCACUGUGGAUCCCAACUGUCCAGCGCGAAAGGUAGUCGCAGUAACCUCAGCACAAGGGACGCUUCCAUUUUGGCAGAGAUACCCACGCAGCCAGUCAAGCCCCUCAUCCCACCCGUGAACAGAAGGAACAUCCUGGUCAUGAAACACAACUACUCACAAGAUGCCGCAGAUGCCUGUGACAUCGACGAGAUUGAGGAGGUGCCCACCACGAGCCACAGGCUAUCCAGACACGAAAAAUCUGUCCAGCGGUUCUGCCUCAUUGGGUCUCUAAGCAAACAUGAAUCUGAAUACAACACAACUAGGGUCUAAAACGAAAAUUCAAGAGAAGAACUAUUUGUACAAACAUGGGAACUGUGAAAAGAAAAUUCCAUAGUGAAUUGUGAAAAGUGGACAUAUUUCUAAAUUCAUUCCACUGCCUUUAUCCAAACUUAAGAGUUACAGACAAGUCUUAUUCCUUCGGCAAGACCCCCUGCUGCUGCACAAUGAUGUGUCCAUUUCCUAAUUUGGUUGCUGAUCACCAAGUGCUCCUUAGGUUUUAAAUACAUUCUGAGAUUUAUGGAAACUUGAAGAAGAAAUUAGUUCCUGAUUGAGACUACUACCCCAGCUUUAUGUUUACUGUCAGUUUCACAUUAUUUAUAUGUUGUUUGUGUCUCUUUGUUACACGAUUGUACCUAUGUGAUCUAUGGAAAAAGAAAAAAAAACACAACUUUGAGUGAACUUUGUGUUACAUGUCCAUUGUUUUCAUUACAUAGACUGCUUGAGAAUAGUGCAGUCCUGCGUGCUUUCGAGCAAGCUGCAGUGAAAAAUGCUAAAGUGGAUCAUGAAAAUUCCAUCUAGAGGUUCAAUGGACUGUACACACCUGUUGUUUUAUUAUAAUUAAAUUCAGUAAAACAUAAUGAGUAAAAUGUAGGUUGCAAUAAGACAAAUCUCUCUCCCCUUCUCUAUGUCUUUCUCUUUGCCUCCCCCCCUUAUUGUUUCUAUGUAUCCCUGCUUUCCUUUUUGUUUUUACCAAGGAACUAUCCCGAGUUUCACAAAAUGGCUUCUUGAAAUCAGGUAUUUUACCAUUCAAACUCUACAACAGAAUUUUGUUUGAUUAAGCACUUAGCAAUAUGACUGAACUGACAGUUUGAGAAAAUACCCUGCAUGUCAGUACUGGAUAUUUAGGUUGGAAAAAAAAUGCCCUCUUUAUUAGACACAUUGUAAAAAGCAUGCAUUCUCAAAUAUUGCUGUUACUGUUCCAUUUCUUUGUGUCAUAUGCUUGCUACUUGUAACUUUUAUAUAAAUAUAUAUAAAAUGUAUAAUAAUUUCCUAAUUUGAGUUAAGAGAAUUGUUUCUUCUACUGUGAUACAAAGCAGAGUUACAUAAGUACAUGAUUUGUUACUUUCAACACUCUCCACUCUCUAGAUUACAGGAUGCCAUUUGAUACUGAGACUUACUUCCCUACAUCCUUGAUUAUUAACAUCUUGCAAGUAUCUUCUUUUAUAUUGAAAGUCUUUCUAAGUCAAUCCUUAAAAGUCAUAGACCCUUUUAUGACUGAACUCUACCAUUCCCGAGUUACUUCUUAUCCAUACACACCUAUACCUGAAUGCUUAAUGGUUGCAAUAAGUUUCAUACAGAAAAACUAAAACUCUUAUAGCACACAGAAGUUCUGUUGAAUUAUAUGCAUCCCCAUAAACAUUAAAUGGAUACCUUCUUAAAUACAAAAUUGUACUCUUAGACAAUUAAAUUUAAAAUUACAAUGACAGCAAACCUGCUUACUACCUUCAAAAUAGCGAAAUUCUCAAUAAUAAAAAUAGGAGGACCUUCAAAUAGCAAAGAAAUCUGCUCUAAGACAAUGUUUCCCAGCAGCUGGAGCCAUGUUUACAAUCUAAAUGGAUAUUCCUUGUCACAAGGCCCUAAUAGGAAGCUAACCCAGUAUAUAUUACAGUAUAAAUAAAAGAAAACAUCAACAACAAGGAAACGGAGAUAAAGUAAAUUCUAAUAGAAAAAACUAACUAAAGAAAUACAGCAAUUCUUGAAUAUUGGAAACAUAAUUAACUUACCUUGGGAAGGACUUGCAGCACAUGGAAAGAAGUACCAGGUGGCUGACCUGUAAUCCAAGCUAUCUGAAGACAGAGAAGGGCAAACCAUUUAACUAAGCUAGCUGAAAGAGAGAAGCCUGAAUUCAACAGGAGCCCUUUCCUUAGCAAACAGUGAAAACUAAGUGAAGAUGCUCAGUGUCGACUUGUGGCCUAUACACACACACACACACACACACACACACACAAACACAAACACCAUGCAUAUACUGAUAAAAGUAAAAUAGCAUACAAAGGAUCAUUCUUUGAAUUAAUUUAACAAAUUGUCCAAGAAGAGAAUGUACUGACAAAAUUAAUAUUAUCUUUUUUUACCAUGAUACAUAUUUUAUACAUAUCUCUUAUGAUAAAAUUCACCUUUACUCAUCUCAUUUUGCUUGCUAAAUUAUUUGUUACCACAUGUAAUGUUGUGGGCCAUUAAUUAAAACUUUGCAUUCCAGAUUAUCAUUUAAAUUAGUUCCACUAUUUUGGGUUAUGUCAUCUCUUUAAGGGUCCUCAUUGGACAUUAUAACCCUUGAAUGAAGAAUCUCAAAGACUUGAUAUGUAGUCCCUGUGUGUAUUAUUACACAACAAUGAAGAUAAUUAAAUUGAGUGGAUAAAUCACCAUGUACCUGUUAUGUAGAUUUACAGGUUUUUCCAAGUCUUUACAGAUCUAUAAAAUCCUGCAGAUCUUCUUAUUUUAUGCUUAAAUGUAUUUAUGCCCCAAACCCACUAAAUGGGCACCUUCUUUUUUGACAUCAAACUGAAUUAAAUAUAAAUUUAAGGAUGGUGAUUCACAUGUAUUUGAUAUAUGAUUAUUCCAUGGGAAAAAUAGUCCCUUAGAAGAUGGACCUCCUUAUGGAUGAUGACCAAUUAACUUACAGGUAUUGAGUUGUCAAGAAAGGAGAUGCUAGGAUCACUGCACAGAUUCUUUGAGACUUGUGAUUGUCCUCAUUAGAGAUGCGAUCUUGUAAUAGAUAAUGUGAGAGUCCAGAAAAGAUUUCAAGUAUAUUUUGGAGCUCGCUACAGGUGCCUUCAUAAAAUCCAAUAUUGAGAUUUUUGAACAUUCUAAAUACCUAUUAACUACAACAGACUUUUUUGCUUUAAUAUCAACCUUUGGACAAUCUUAAAAAAUGGGUAGCACUUGUAGAAGGAAGUGUUCAAAACCAUCAAACAAGUUCAACAGUUAAUAUUUUAUUCCCAAAGUGAAUUCUAAUAUACUAGCAUAAGAGCUAUAUUGAUUCAAUGAGCUCUUUUUAAAUAUAUCACUAUCUAAAUUUGUUGAUUCAGCCUUUAGAAUCUUGGUGGUCUCCCAUGUUACAAGAAAUAUCCACAUCAGCCCGAGUUAAGCUUUGUAGUUCUAUCCAAGGGCAGUACUGUUGCUCAAUGCAAGGUUGAUGUUCUGAUAUCUAAUUCUGAUUUUUUUCUGUACCUCCUUUUACAAACAUGCAAAUUUUAUGCAUCAUUUCACAAAAUAGACAUGAUAUUUGAUUUGUUACAACUUAAUUUAAUCAGAUCAUUAAAAUGUGCUGUAAGCAUAACCGGAGAUCAAUGUCACAAAGUCGUAAAGGAGAACUCACCCUGUCCUAGAGAUGUUGAUUCUUUUUCCUACUUUUUGUCCUAUUACAAUUAUUUAAGAGCAUUGAAAUAGAUUAACAAUUCUGCCUCCCAGCAUUUUAAGUUUUUCUUCUGCAUUAUGUGAAUAUUCCCUUAGGUUUUACAUUAGAUUCUUCUGUAUUUCCCCAAAGGAAGUCAAGAUUUUCUUAGUUACAGGUUUCACUUCUUUUAUUUUUAGAUCAAGAAUGGAUUUCCCUGAACUAAAAAUAUUGAAAUAAGUUGGAUAAUAUAGUUCUGAGUCUUAUCACCUUUGAGUAGCAACAACAAACAAUCCAUCAUUUUUUGAUAGUCAAAUAAAUGAAACUAUAUAGUUUGAAUGAUAUUAGUUUUCAAUUCUGUAGGGGAGUUAAAUAAAUAAGUUAUUUAAAAUUAAUCUGAAUCCUAAAUGGAUAUGAUAUGGGCAUUGAGUUGUUUUUUUUUUUUUAUUUAAUGAACACAAGAGUUAGUUGCUAUGCAUACAGUCCUCCAUUAAACAGUUUUUAUUUAUCACUGCUUGAUGAGGAAGAUGCAGACAAGGUAUCAUCAAAUAGGUAACAGAAUAUGAUAAAUGGAACUUGAGUUGGUUAGUUGUUUCUUAUUCCCUUAGUUAACAUUCCUUAUAUCCCCUUUAAGAAGAUUAGAGAAAGAAAAUUACACAGCAAAUUUUUUUCUAAAAAAAAAAUAUGUUUUUAAUCACUUAUACAACUCAAUAAUUCCAAAGCAAUUUGUAAUUUAGAAUUAUGCCUAUUUAUUUUGUAAUGGAUUUAGAUUGUUCUAAAAUUUAGUUAAAUAGACAAUAUUAUUUGAGUAAACCCCACAGAGAAACAAAGGGAAGAAAUAUAAGUAGGUAAUGUCAAGAACAUAAUUUGGGACUUGCCCCGGAGCAUCAGUUUACCUGCUCUCUGUUGUUUUCCUAGAGGGGGCCUGCUUCUCUUUAACAUCCCUUCAUUUCCUUAUGUUAGGAAACACACGCAAAAGCAAGUUCAUCAAGCUUCUGCCAUUUGCUUGGAGCACUUAGAGAUGUCCUCAUUCACGUGAACCAGUGUGAUCACAUCGUCGGUCGCGUUUCUCUUUGGCAACCAUUAUGGUUGUGCAGCCAGUACACUCUUUGUCCCUAUCAUCUUUUUUUCUCUUCAAAUGCUGAGCCAUACUAUUUUCUGGCCAUUCAUUGAAAAAUUAUUGAUGGUUUAGUCCCUGGGAGCUCUCAGGGUGUACUGGAAAAGAUAUCAUAUGACAUGUAAAUAAAGAAAAUAUCUAAUAAAAAAUAACUUUCAAAAAAUAAAGAAUAUCUCAAGUUAAAAAAGAAAAAGAAAAAUUGUUGGUGGUGUCUCUUACUGCUCACCAUACUCAAAUGAAAAUUACAGCUGACCAGGACAUAUGAUGUGUAAGUUAUUUAAAAUAAAAUUAAUCCUUUUAUAUCACAUUAUUAAAUUUGUAUUCUUUAUUCACUUUCCCUAGAGAUAAACUUAUAUAAAUAUUGCUACAUUUUUGGGGGGAGAGGGGUGUCUGUUCAAUCUGUAUGUCAAAACUUCUUCAGCAUAUUUGAAAAAAUGGAUAAUGGUGGAGAGUGGUGGAGGAAUGGUGCUAAGAACUAUAGAAGGAAGACACUUCCACUCACAGUAUUUUUACCAUCUAAACUAUCUUAAAACACUAAUUAGAUCCCCCUGGGUCCUUUUUACCAUGUAAACUAUCUUAAAACACUAAUUAGAUCCCCCUGCAUUCUUCUCAUCCAUUGAACACAAAACAUAAUUGACUAUCGAGCAAAUAAAAUAGACAUGAUAUGGUAAAAUCAAGAUGUGAGAAGUUGAAAUAUGAAAAUAGUUAUUUUCUUAGGAGCACCAGAAGAGUCCUAAAAAGUGUCAUCUUCCUAAGAAGACAGUGAAUGAGACCAUUGGCAACAUGUGCAGGGAAACAUUUGUGUUGAGAGUAAUUAGGUCAUACACAGGCUUGAGGACCUUUCCUUGAUUUGGAUAGUAAGCAAUGAAGGGUUACAGAAAAUAUAGUUCAAAUAGUAGACAGAGUUGGUGCUGUGUUUCUGAGCACACUAGGUGCUUACCCCAGAGUUUGCCUUUUGUUCAAAGAUGAACUUAGUGUAUUUUGGGAUGGUGUGAAUGGAGAAUUCUCUCAAGACAGUGUGCUUACUAAGUGGGGUACAAGAUGACACAUACUGAAUCAAUUAACAUAAUGGAUAAUAAGACAUUAACGGUAACAUGGUUGGAGGGUCAGGAGUAUGUCUUGCCAUCCUGUUUAUUUUCUACAAUAUGUUAAUUCCGUGGUUAUAGUGAAUGAAGAAACGUACUGAAGGUCACAUGACAAAGCCCAUUCUCAGAGAUUUACAUUAAAUCUUUUCCUUGUUCACAAAAAGUGUGAAUCUGUGAAUGAAACUACUGCAAACUGUACGUUGUUAGCUUUUGUGCAGUCAAGGGAAGUGAAGUGGUUUAUAACUUUUAUAAGACUCUGUAAGUGGUGAGUUCAUUUCUUAUACUGAGCUGGCUAACUACUGCAGUGUUUUCCACCAAUGUGCAAAUAUAACUGUUAAUCAGUGUACUCCAUCAAGAGAAGUUGAAACAUAUCCAUAUCGCCCCAUAAUUUUGUGUUUACUCAUCUAUAAAAUGUGUAUCAUAAAAGCUUCUUUUCACAUGAGAGUGUCAAGACCAAAUGAUCAUGCACUGGAAGAUAUUUUUUAUAUUCUAUGAUGCAUUGUAAAAAUAAACCAUUUUCCUAA